AGUCCUAAUAUACACAGACCUAGUGUAGUCACUGUUAGCUGGAACGUGAAUCUAUGCCGUCCUUUUCACCUUACACCCAUAAGACGAACUUUCGCACCGCAUUGGAAAGUCAACGGCUAGUGCGCCGCGUGAUCUCUCCCAGAAAGACCUUCAGUCUGCUGCGUGCUACGUAUUAGUAAGCUAUUGUACGUAUUUUAGUAAGCUGCUAGCAAUGACGGUCUAGUGCAUCGUUAGACGUCUCCAGUAGUGCAUUUGCUAUCUCUGCGUCACGUAAGAUCACCGCUCUACGCAAGCCCUUUCCACCGAACCUGUGCCGAGCCACACCAUGCCGAGCCUAGCCAGGCAUGGCAUUCCCACACCGAGAUUCCCCUCGAGCAGACUUCCCAAGCCUCGCCUUUCCUCUGUCCUCACCUCGCUUAUCCUCACCACUCCGAGCCUCACCAUUCCGAGCCUCGCCGCUCGGAGCCUCUCCGAGCCUAAUGUCCCCGAGCCAAGCGCCUCUCAGCAGGAGACACAGUGGACGGCUAGGGUUACCUGAGCUGGAAGUCCAGUCGUUGGAAGGCCAGCUACAGCCGCCAGUGGUAGGCGGGCUACAGCUACAGUCGGCAGGUGGGCUACAGACGGUAGGCGGGCUACAGACGUUGGAAGGCAAGCUACAGCUGCUGGAGAUUCAGAGGCAGCUGAGCGCCGUGCGAUGCCAGGCGUUCGUGGAGGCUCUAGAUUCCGCUAUAGUAGACGCAGAGGAGAAUGGCGGUGAUGCUUAUGCUGAUGCUGCUUCCAGUGACGCGUCCUGCAGUAAUGCCGGCCCGAGUAGCGCCGUCCCCUCUCAUGCUGCAGCCGCCCCUGCCGCCCCUGCCGCCCGGGCCGCUGCCGAAAAGGUUUAUGUGCCGGAGAAGGGUGUCUCGCGGCCGUUGGCUCGUGGCGCGUCACUGGAUGCGAGCUACUGGCGGAAAGGAGUGGGCAUGGGGAUGGGAGAGGGGGGGGGGAUGGGGAUGGGGAUGGGGAUGAGUGUUCCAAGAGACGAUUCUGUUAAGAGUAGUGACAUUGAAUGGCCCUCGAAGAGUGCUUCAAGAGGAGAUGUUCUUCUAACGAGAGAUGCUAUUUUAGCAGAAGUUGCCGAAUCUUCAGAAGCCUUUGCUUCUGCAGGGCAGGACGUGGUUUCGGCAGGAACAGACGGCAGGCGAAGAGGGGGGAGAGCAGGAGGGGGCGCAGGAGGAGAAGGAGGAAUAGGAGGAGCAGGCAUCCCCACCUCCUCGUCAUCCUCCACCUUCAUGACGUCACCACCCUCUCUGUCCUCAUCAUCAGCCGCGUCAGCAGCAGCAGAGUCAUCCGCCACGUCAGCAACGCUAGACGCAGCGUCAGCAGGAGUAGGGAGCAGCAGAGGCAAGCACAUCCGUCGGUUACGAGUUAGAAAAGCGUCUCUAGACUUUAGGAGGGAUUGGUGUGGAGGAACUAUGGGAGGAGGGGAAGCCCCGUUACUGAGUGCUGCGUUAUUAACUCCUCCGUUAUCGAGUGUCCCGUUAUUGAGUGCCCCGGUAUUGAAUAUACCACAGGGAGGCACGGUGCUUGGUGCUGGUGCCGUGCCUGCUGAGAACGUGCCUAGUGGCGUUGGCUCUACUGGGGGCUUUAAGGGGGAUAAGGUGAAGGAGAGUUGCGAGUUGGAGGGACAGCAGGAACCGGGUCUAUUGGUGAGGGGGAAAUCAGAGGGGAGAGGAAGCAGCCAAUCAGACGCAAGCAGGGCAAGUGAACGGGAGGGAUCAACCGAGGGAGGUCUGUCUGCUGGACUGGUAAGGGAUCGUGUUGCACCGAGCUAUCAGCAGCCGACUUAUCCGCAGCCGUUGCAUCAGCGCUCGCCACGUCAGCAGUCCUCACAUCAGCAUUCGCCACGUCAGCAGUCGCCAUACCAGCGGCAAUCAUCCCAAGAGGAAGAGUCAUCAAGCCUAUCUGGGUCAGGCUUAUCUGGGUCAGGAUUAUCUGGGUCGGAGUGUGAGGGGUGUGAGGAGCGGUUGGAGCAGGUGGAGAGGCUUCGACACAUGCUGAUUGCGCUGGGUGUGGGAAGACGAGAUGGGGGGGCUGGCAAUCCGCUGCAGGUGCAUUCUCAGGUGCAGGCUCAGGUGCAUUCUCUUCAGGGCAAGGGGCAGCAGCAGGAGAAGGGGCAGGCAAAAGGUUGGGGUGAGGGACAGGGUGUACGGCAGGUGCAGGAGCGUGGGUAUGGAUAUUCAAGGAGUGAGUUCCCUGAAAAUUCCUUCAAACAAGCUCGGGGUGAUGAUAAGGGGAGCCAUGCUGCUCGUGCUGCUGCUGCUGCUGCUGCUAGUGCUGUUGGUGGUGUUGGCACUGCUGCUGCAGCAGCAGUUAGUGGUGGUGGUGGUGAUGGUGCUGCUGCUUCUAGGGGCGUACCAUCCUUCGCGCAGAAGCAGAAGCAGCAGUUUUUCGAGUCCCCCCCAUCAUCAGACUACGAAUCCUCCUCCUCUGACGCCUCGCUCUUCCUGCACGCCCGCUCCCAAGCUCGCUCCCUCGCCUGCUCUCAAGCCCGUGCAUCUGCUGCCACAGGCUCUCACGCCCGAUCCAGCGGGCCUCAGCACCCUACUGGCAGUGGCAUCGGUGGCGGUGGCGAUGGUGGUGGUGGUGGUGCUGCUGCUGCCGCUGCUGCUGCAACUGGUGCCAGUGACUGUGACACUUCCUCCUCUGACGCCUCUCUCUUCCUGCAAGCUCGCUCGCUCGGCCGCUCCCAAGCCCGUGCACCCGCUACUACAGGCACUCAUGCCCGAUCCGGCGGGCUUCCCUACCCCGCUGGCAGUGGCAGCAACAGUGCUGGUAAUGGUGGUGGCGGUGGUGGUGGUGGUGGUGCUGCUGCUGCUGCUGGGGCUGCUGCUGCUGUUGCUGCUGCUUCUGGUGCUGCUACCAGUAGAACAGUCACUUCUACUGCUGCUACUACAGCCGUGCUACAACCGGCGCGCCUUGCCAGUAGCAGCAGGCAACUAUCCUUGGACUUGGGAAAAAGCAAGAAGUGGGGUGAGGCGGGGUGGAAAAGCAUGGCAGAGACUUCUGCAGGGGUGGGGGUGGAGAGGGGCAGCCAAGACUUAGGCAGAAGAACGAAGGAGUGGGGUGAGGAGGCGCGGGAGGGAAUGUCAGAGGAGGGUGCAGGAGAGAAGGGUGGAGGGGAGGGUGAAGAGAGAGAAAAGGCUGAGAGAUCGAAUCUUGACAUUUCCUCUUCUUCUUCUGUGCCUGCUGCUGCUAGCAACACAGCCGCCAAAGCUGCUGCCUCUGCUCCUGCUGUUCCUGCUGCUGCUGCUGCCGCCGCUGCUUCUGCUGCUUCUCCUCAAAACGGAGAUGCCUAUUUCGAGUCCCCUCCAUCGUCAGACUACGAGUCUUCGUCCUCUGAUGCCUCUCUCUUCCUCCGCCCCCGCUCCCACACCCGCUCUCUCACACGCGCUCAAGCUCAGUCUGCUGCCACGCGCCUACCACCCCUUCAAGCCCCUGCCACCGCUAUAGACCAGUCGCCGGAUCAGUCCGGGUCUGCUGGCACGCGCCUAUCACCACCAGCUCAAGCCCGUGCUACUGCUAGAGACCAACUCUUGGCUCAAUCCCAGUCGAUUGCCUCUUACGCGCCUCAAACACAGUCUCCAGGUUGCCCCUCUGCGACUGCUAUAGACCACCAUCACCCCCCCAGUCAAGUUGGCUCUACUGCCACACGCCUCUCACCCCUCUCUCCAGCCCCUUCCACUGUUGCAAACCAACCACUGGCUCAAGCCCGUGCCACAGUAAUAGAUCACCAUCCCUCUUGUCAACCCUCUUGUCAAACCUCUUCUCAACCCUCUUCUCAACCCACUUCUCAACCCUCUUCUCAACCCUCUUCUCAAGCUGGUGUGAGGCGACCUGUGGGGCAGCGGCGGCACGCCCGCUCCCUGUCAGGGACGGUUGCCUACAGCCCCUGCAGCAUCACGGGACAACCACGCCCGCUUGGCUGCUUUCCCAGCACAAGUGGCUUUCCUAGCAAACCCCCCAUCUCUCCGAGCGCGUCACGCAGUGGCUUGGGGUUUGCAGCGUUUCCAAGUACUCGUGGGUUUCCAAGCAAGCCCCGUGUUUCCCCCAGAGCAUUGGGAAGUGGGCCGGGUGGUGGUAGCCCUUGGGGAGGGGCAAGGGCAGAACCAGCAGGAGAGGCAGCAGUUCGGGCAGGGGCAGCAGCAGCAGCAAGUGCGAGAGGGAAAGGGACUGGUGCUGGGACGGAAAGCGGGGCCGGAUAUCGCGGAGACAGAGGGGAAGGAGGAGGAGGAGGAGGAGGAGGGAACGAGGGCGUGAGAAGCGUUGUGAACGGAGGGGGGAAGGCUUCUGGUACUGGUAGGAAGCCCGGACGCUUAAUGGCUGCUAGGAGACUGUCUCUGGAUCUCAAAAACGAGGGGGUGUUUGGCAGGAUAGGGUGGGAAGAGUGGACAGGGAAUUAUGACGUGGCAAAACCGGGGGAGGGAGGGGGGAGAGAUGUGACCCAAGUGAGGGUGGGAGAGGGGGGGAAGUCGCCGCAUGGAGGGCAGAGGCUGCUGUUUGGGCUUCCUGUAACGAAUGGUGCUGGUGCUGGUGUAACGGAGGGUGCGGAUGGUUCUAGGGGAGAAAGAGGGCUACGAGGAAGAGGAGGCGGGGAGGAAGGAGGAGGUGGGGAUGGGGCACAGAUGGAGGAUGGAGCUGUUUUGUUUUUGACACAUGGAGCAGAGACAGGGCCCUCUCACAGAGGCAGAGGCAGUCAUAGAGGAGGGGGGGAGGAGGCAAUUCUUUUUGACAGGAGCUGCAAGGCAUCUUCGCCUCAUAAAUCACCGGAAAAUGCUGGCAUUUUCAAGACUGGUGCCAGUCUUGAUGCUGGCAUUCCAAACGUCCCCAGCAUCAAGACUGGCACCUCCAGACCCAUGCGCCCCCCCAUAAGGCAUGCUUCUCUGGACAUGCGACAGCUGGUAGGGAAAGCCAGGGAUGCGGGGGAUGGGAGAUUUCAGCCGGGCGAAUGCGCAGGCAGGAGGAGCGAAGGCGGGCGUGACGGGAUGGCAGCACAGGGCAGCUUGGAGGAGACUUUUGAGUCGACUCAAAAGUCAUCUCGUGACGGGAUGGCAGCACGGGGCAGCUUGGAGGAGACAUCGCCCAUAAGACCAAAGAUCGUGGAUGGGAGUGGUAUUGGGAGUGGUAUUGGUGCCAUCCCAUCACUGGCGGCUCAAACCCCUGCCACAUCCAUGCGGGGCCCUGUGAGGCAUGCGUCUCUGGAUAUGCGACGGGCGGUGGAGGAGUGGAGAGAUGGGAGAAGAAGCUUCGAGGAAGCGUCUGGAGCACCUGUGGUAACACAGAGCUCUAGUAGGUCCAUGCGCCCUCCUGUAAGGCAUUCGUCUAUGAAUGUGAGGCACAUGGCGGCGCGUGAGUGGCAGGUAGGGAAGGAGAAGGAUAGGACUUCGGAACCAACUCAGAAGGUACCUCAGCAGGAGGGGAAGGAGAGGACGGAUGGGAAAGCGGGAAGGGGGAGGGGGCGACGGAACGACGGAGUAAAAAGGGAGGAAGCGGCAUCGGCUUCAGAGAGUAAGGGAGCUGGUGGAACGAAGGGGGAGGAUGGGACGGUGGAGAGCGGUAGAGAGAGCGUAUGGAGGAGUAUAGAGGAAACGGCGGGGAUUCCCUUGGGGAGAGGGGAGGGGGAGGGAAAGGCGGCAUUGAGAUUGAGGGUCCCUCGGCCGCUCGCACCCACUAAGAGCACCCCGAUCCCGUCUAGCUUCCUUCCAGAAUUUUCAGAGGCUGCCCGAGCUGGUUGGGAGGACGGGCAGAAGAAAAAAUUCGAGCCAGUUCUGAGGAGAUUGGAGGGGCAAGGCAGCCGGUCUUUUCCGGAGUUUCUCACACCCCAGAGGUGGGACUUGGAGGAGCCCUCUGAUUCUGACUUCUCUGGGCCAGAAAUACCUGAAAAAACUCCUGCUGCCGCAGCUGCUGCUGCUGCAGCUGGUUCUGCUGGUCUUCCUGCUGCCCAGCCCUGCGUUGACCCGUUUGACUUUCUUGGAAAGCCGGUGGUGAAGUCAAGGCUUGCACAGCUCAAGGAGAAGAAGGGGCGGAUUUCGAGGCAGAGAUCGCUGGAUUCGAGGGCAAGGGGGAGCCUGGGGAGGAAAGGAUCAGCCUGACUUGAGGAGUGAGCUGCUUUCGAGAAACAGAGAGAGAUUAGCGCGACGGGGGUCUUUGGACCUAAGGGGGAGAGCAGGAGGAGCUGGAGGAGGUGGAGGAGGGGAGUGGGAGGAGAGGGUGGGGGAUUGGUUAGCCAAGUCGCAUUCCGGUAUCCCCUCCCAAGACCCUCGAGCAAGGGCUACAGCUGCUGCUGCUGCUGCUUCUGCUGCUGCUGCUGCUGCUGCUGCUGGGAGGAGCAGUUUCAGGCGGACAACAGACCUGCCAAAGAGCCCAUUGAGAAGUCCUCCAAGCGUCCCUCCACCCCUUAGAAGCCCUCCAAGCACUGCUUUUCGUAAAAGCACCUCUCUUAUAAGCCCAAGCCCGCAUCUUGAAAGAAUUUAUCUUAAUUCGUUAAACCCUUUUCCGAAAAGCCCGUCUGCCAGAAGCCCUUUGCCUAGAAGCCCUUCUGCUAAAAGCCCUUUACCUAAAAGCC